AUGAAGGCAAGUGUGAUCUUUAAAGGCAGCAAGUCGGAGAUUCCAGAAGGCUCUAUGGUCAAGAUUCAUGAGUGGACACCUUACCGCCACUCCACCAUGAUAGAUUACCUCGGAGUAAGGGUUCAAGUGUUGAAGUCAGAGUUGGAGGGUGUCGAACCUCAGCUCCUUCCCAUCCAAUUGAGCCCCGAAGUUCAGAAGUGGUUGCUGGCCACGCAGCAGACUCUUCAAGUUAAGCUCCCGACACUAGGUGACCCGAGUCGAUUGACAGAUACCUUCUGGGUCUCGGCGGAUGGCGGCGCACCGGACCCAUAA